UGACCAAUCUUUCAAGAAGAAAUACUAGACCAAUCUUUACAAAAAGAAAUAUUGUAACACAUUGACAACAUAUAAGAUGAUGGACCUGCAUGUACAAUUAAGUGAAGUGACAGUUUCAACAUCAAACCAUGUCACAGUGACAAGUAAUUCAGCUUUGAAACCACAACCGUUACAGUGUCCUGUAGCAGGAUGUGACAAACAUUCUAUGAGUCACAUAAAUAUUUGUCACAAUAACUACAGUCAACAUUUCAAUAGCGGUGCAGUUGACUACAAUGGUGCCAAAUCAAAAUCACAUCCAAAAGAUUUGCACAAAGAAAAAUCAAAAGAUGCAGAUGCUGAUUUAACAUCUCCAGAUAAAAGACACACAAUAGAGGCAAGACUUGAAACAACUGGUGAAUCAGAAUAUGUACCUACUGUUGAACAUGGACCAACUGCUGAAUCAGAACCUAAACGCACUGUUGAAUCAGAAUCCAAAUUAACUACUGAAUCACAGCCUGGACCAACUGCUGAAUCAAAGCCCAAGCCCACAGCUGAAUCAGAACCCAAAUUAAGUGCUAAAUCAGAGCCUAUAACACCUGUUGGGUCAGAGACUAGACCAACUACUGAUUCAGAAAGUGGAGCAAAUACUCAAUCAAACCCCAAACCAAAUGCCGAAUCUUGGCCAAGUGCUGAAUCUGAGCAUUUGCUAACUGCUGAAUCAGAACCCAAAUCAACAGCUGAAUCAGAGCCCAAGCCCACAGCUAAACCAGAACAUAAAUCAACUGCUGAAUUAGAGCCUAGACCAACUGCUGGAUCAGAGACUAGACCAACUACUGAAUCUGAAAUUAUACCAAAUACUCAAUCAAAACCCAAACCCACAGCUGAAUCAAAGCUUUGGCCAAGUGCUGAAACAAAGCCUAAGCCAACAGUUGAAUCAGAAGCAGGACAAACAUCUGAAUCAGAAACUGGACUAGCUGCUGAACAAAAACCUAAAACCACAGCUGAAUUAGAAAACGGACAAACUACUGAAUCAGAAAUCAGUCAAUCUGCUGAAUCAGACCCUGGACUAAUGACAGAAAAUGAAACAUUAGCUUAUCCAGUGCCAAAAUCAACAACCUAUCCACUAUUUAAUGAUUUAAUUUGUAUCUUUCAACAUGUUAGGCUCAGGACAUUACGUUCAACAAUUUUACAACUUAUUUUGUUUAUGGUAUGCUUUUGUGGGGCGUAUGGAAAAUCAAAACAGAACACACCUUGUCAGUUGAUGUUUGUUUGUCAACUGUAUUCAGAUAAAUUGCUAUUAAAGUGCUUUUACAAUGGACAUUGCGAAGGUACUUUAAAAUGGACUGGUGGGAAAAGUGGUACUAAGCCACUCUUUAAUGUAAAAACAUCACCAACUGAAAAAGUGAGAUUCAUUGAUGGUAAAGGUGAAAAAUGGUUUGGAAUGCAAAUUAAAGACUGGAAUCAUGAAGAUAUUGAAGCUCAUUAUAAGUGUUGGUUUGGAUUUUCCAAACUGAUAGUUGAUAUAGUAAAUAGAGCAGUUCUGGAUCAACCAUUUGAUGCUGAUUUGGUGUUAUGCAAGCAUACCAAUGGAGAGAAUAACUUGAUAUUAGAUGCUAAAGUUUUCCAUACCAAUAGACAGCCUUCAUUCACUGCUUUUAUUCAGGAUCAAAAUAUAACAAAACACCUAACAUCCAUUGAAAAUCCAAAAAAGAAUGGAUCAUGGUUUGAAACCAGAAUCAAAUUAAAUCUUAAACUGACUAAAGAAGACAAUAACAAAACAUUUAUGCUUUUGUUCAGAGAAAAUAUUAUAAUCAAGGAAAUCAUUAAUACAACUUUAUGCAGAGGAAAUGAAGACUCAUUAAAAAGCCCAUGUGGUGAUAAAGUGUGUCAAAUGCUUCUGCUGUGUUUAGGGUGUUCAGGGGGCCUAGCUGCUGCUUUUUUUUGUAUUGUGUACAAGAAAGAUUUAUUGUGUUUCAAAAUAGAAACAGAUACCAGAGAAGGUGAAAGGGAACCUAUGACAACUAUGAAUACAAAUAAGGAUACAGAUGAUAGUUUCCAGAAAAACACAGACUUCUAAUCUAACUGAUUCUCCAUAAAAGUACAAUUGCAUUCCCUGUAUAAGAAGCACCUAUGAUGAAUAAUUACAACUUGAUACUUUUGUAAUACAGAUCUACUAAUCAGUCUUGUAUAUGGUUUAUCAACUUCCAAACAGUUCACCCUCUGCUGUUCUAUGGGUCAAUGUGAGAUUUUUGUAUGCCCCUCCCUCCC